GUCCCCUUGUUUUUUGUAGGCAUUCGACAUUAGGACCAGCAAAGUUGUCUGAUUUGAAUAGCUAAUGUUUGGAAAAGCUUCUUCCCAUGAUGGCUGAAAAAGAAGGAAGCUGCAACAGGCUUUUUGUAGCUGUACAUGCAGGGGCUGGAUAUCAUAGUGCUGAGAAGGAAUGUGAAUAUAAGGCUGCUUGCAAGAAAGCUUGCUUACAGGCGAUGUCACUUCUAAAGAAAGGUUACAGUGCAUUUGCUGCAGCUAUUAAAGCUACAGUGAUCUUGGAAGAUGCAGAAUGCACCAAUGCAGGCAGAGGAUCCAACCUGACCUUGACUGGGAGUAUUGAAUGUGAUGCUAGUGUCAUGGAUGGAUCCACUUGCCUCUUUGGUGCAGUGGGAUGUGUGUCUGGAGUCCUGAACCCUGUGCAGCUGGCUGGCAAAUUGAUUGACAUGCAGAAAGACAAUUCUUUAUCUCAUGGUAGGAUUCCUCCAAGUGUGCUUGUGGGAGAAGGAGCCAGAAUCUGGGCUAAGCAACACGGAAUUAAAGUAGAUGAAGACAAUCAACUUAUUACAGAGAAGUCGAAGCGUCAGUAUAAGAAAUACAAGCGCAGAAUUGAGACUGCCACUGAUUCAACUCCAAAGAAGAAAGCAGCUCUGGAUGACAUAUUCUUGUCAGCUCAGAAUGAUGGGACAAGUCUUGAAUCUGAGAAUCUGCAAAAGCAUAUAUCUAAGAAAAAUAAUGGUGCUCAACACAACACAGCCUCACCCCAUGACACAGUAGGGGCCAUAUGUUUGGACAGUCAGGGGAAUCUGGCAGCAGCAGUGUCCAGUGGUGGCAUAUGGCUCAAACACCCAGGGCGGCUUGGUCCUGCUGCUAUGUAUGGUGCUGGCUGCUGGGCACAAAAUCCAGAGAAUGGGUACCCAGGUGUUGCAGUUAUAACAUCUGGCUCAGGUGAGCACUUGAUGAAGACACUUUUUGCCAAGACCUGUGCUGACUGUAUUUACACCACAGAUAAUGCCACCCAAGGACUCAACACGUCUUUUACUUCCCAUUUUUUAGAUUCUAAGCUACUUAAAGGUUUGGACAGUAGACUUGCAGGUGCACUGGCCCUUAAAGUGUUGGAGUCAAAUGAAGGAAGAGAGUUGGAGCUGGUGUGGGGACACACAACACUGAGUAUGGCUCUUGGAUACAUGUGGGGUGAAGACCUGAAACCCAGGGUGCUCAUUUCCAAGUUAAGUGAACAAGCCAAAGAGGGCAAGUCCUUCUCUUUAUCAGGCGCAUUCUUUUCUUCUGAAAAAUCUCCAUGUGUUCAGGAAUGUUGUCUUCACCAAAGCAACCUCAAUGAAAAGGUGUCGCAGUGCUUACAGACCCUGGCCAGUGCAGACAGACUCAUGCCAAGGCUGUGAUGAAGUGCUGGGAGCUGAUUGUUGCCCUGCUACUGGCAUGGUGGAUGUUGGUGGCCAUACGUAUGUUUGCCAACCUAGGCUUGGAAGAAACAAGCGACACUAAGCUGUUGCUCCAUACCAUAGAGGAGCUGGAUAUACUUU